AUGCGCGUUCUUGUGUCCUUGUCCCCCCCAUAUCCACCCACCCACCCUCCUCUUCCCCUCUCCCCCCCUCUCCCCCCUCUCCCCGCACCCUCCUUCACCUUACGCCCCCUUCCCCCUCCGCACCCUCUUCCGCCCCUCCCAUCCGUUUCUAUCUUGCAUCUAAAAUUCCUUUCUGCGCACUCGAGUCUCUCCCACACACAGCAGCCGCCACCCCCCCCCGUGCACCUAUUCCCCUCACUGCAGUCCCUCUCUCUCCUCUACGUUCCCUCGGACUUACUCCCCAUUACCCGCUGCUCCUCCCUCAGCUCCCUCACCCUCGAGAGUCCUGAAUUCUCCACUCUCUUCUCCCUUGCCUUCUCCUCCUCCUCAUCCUCCUCCCACCUUGCAUCGUCCCCCCCAUCCCCUCUCCGGACAUCUCUAACAUUCCUCACGAUCCAUUCCGCCAAACUGCAGGGCUCCCUCGCAUCCCUCGCCUUCUUCCCCUCCCUCGCCUCCCUCUCCCUCCACACCUGCACCAUCGACCCUUAUGAACUUUCCUUCCUCUCACGCUCCCUCCACAAGCUCACCCACAUCACAAUCCACUCCUGCCCGCUCGUCUCCUCCCGCUCCCUCAUCCCCAUCCUCCAAGCCAACCCCGCUCUCUCCUCCCUCUCCCUCCACGGGACAACCUACCGUCUCUUCGGAGCACAGGGCUUCCGCUCUCUCCUCUCGCACUCCUCCUCCCAGCUCCGCUCCCUCCACCUUGCUGGCCUCCCAUCCUUCCGUCCGGGCUUGCUUGCAGCCUGCAAUGCAUUGCGGUCGCUCAGCCUGGAAGAUAUUGCUGAAUCCUCUGACUCCAUUGUGCCGCGCUCUGUAUCAUUGGACGGCAUUGCGGCAAUGCUCGUGCGGGUGGAGCAAAUAGGAGGAGGGGCAGGAGGGGAAGCAGGAGGGGAGGCAGGAGGGGACGGAGGAGUGGAAGAGUGGGAGAGAGGACGAACUAGAGCUUCUGCAGCAGCUGCUGAGGCGCUGGUAUCACCGAGGGGAAGCAAAAAGCACUUGGGAAAGUACUUGGACGUUCGCACAGAGGCAGAGGCAGCACGGGCUGACAAGUCCGCAGCAAUGAGAGAGGUAGCUGAUUUUUUCAGCAUUGCUAAGCAAGCCUGUAAUGCCGCUUUUUCCGAGGCUGCUGAGUUGGCGCGAGCAGAGGGCGACAGUGCUGUGGCUCGGAUUGCCGCCCGCCUCGUGAAUAUGAGGUUUGGGAUCUCAGUGUGCCAAUCCUUCUCUGCGGCGAUCCGCGAGUGCAGAGCAGCCGUGGAGUGGGAGGAAAAGCUGAUGCGCUCAUUUGACGCUGCUGGCCGGGCGGCAGGGUUCUUUGCCCCGGAGAUGGAUGUUGGAGAAGAGGAGGGGGAUGGGGAUGGGGACGAGGAAGAAGGAGAUGAAUCUAUGGAUGUCAUGUUGCAUGAUGAAGCCUUGCUCGAGAGUGAGUUGGGUGGAGUGCGGAUUGGUGCAGUGGAGGCACGUUCAGAGGCCCUGAACAGGCUGAAGUCAUCAAUAGGGAAGUUCAAGGAAGCCUCGCUUGCCAUGCCCAGGACGGACGGCUUCGCGCAAGGCUCGGACUGCCCGAUCUGCUGGGAGGCCUACGAUUCCAGUAUAAGAGCCCCGCACGUGCUGCUGUGCGGCCACACCUUCUGCAAGCACUGCGUGCUCAUCCUCCCUAUAGCCGUCUUCAAUAAGCUGCCAUCGCUGCAGAUCCAGCUGCCAUGGCUCGUAGACUGCCCGCUCUGCCACUGGGUGACUCCCAGACUGGUCGUUGAAGGAAAUCUGCAGUACCCUUUCAAGAACUUCUCCCUGCUGUGGCUUCUAGAGGCUUCCAGGCUCGCUCUCCCUCGAGGCGUCAACUCACCCACCACCGCCAUCGCUAGCAUCAGCGCCAGCACAAGGCACUCCCCUGUGCGGUCUACCCUCACCCACCUCCCAGACGGCCUAGAAUCCCCGGAUCCCUCGCCUCACGACGAGCGCUGCAGCAGUGCCUCUGAGCAAUGGCGCCCAGGCGGAUCACCCGCAGCCGCAGCUGGUGCUGCUGCCGCUGCCGCCGCUGCUGUGGCCGUGCAGGCGUUGCAGCAGCAUCAGCAGGGGCACGAGCAAGGGGAGCAGGAGUGGGUGGAAGGGGGACAUAUCCCCCACCAUUACCUGUAUCGCUUGCAGCAGCAGCAGCAGCAGGAACAACAGCAGUGGCAGUGGCAGGGACAAGGGCAGGCGCAGGGGCAGAGGCCAGGAGCAGGGUUUCACCACCUGCUGUAUUCCAGCCGGCACCAGCUGGCACUCUGGCUUCUGCAGCGGGCGAUCCAAUGGUUCCCGUUCAUUCGCACGGGGAUCAACGGUGCAGCUUUCUACUUGGGCCGGCUGCGCCAGCUGUGCACGCGGUUACCGUUUCUGGGGGUGCUGGCGGUGGUGAGCUUUGUGAUUGUGCCCUGGUGCUCGCUCGCCCUGCUCUGCUACCUGGCGGUGUUUCUGUUUGUGGCCGUGCCUGCUGCCGUGUGCCUUGUGCUCUCCAUCUACUGGUCGGAAACACUUUUGAGGAGACUGACAGGCAUGCCGUGA